AUGGCGGUGCGGAAGAAGGACGGCGGCCCCAACGUGAAGUACUACGAGGCCGCGGACACGGUGACCCAGUUCGACAACGUGCGGCUCUGGCUCGGCAAGAACUACAAGAAGUAUAUACAAGCCGAACCACCCACCAACAAGUCCCUGUCCAGCCUGGUUGUCCAGCUGCUACAAUUUCAGGAAGAAGUUUUUGGCAAACAUGUCAGCAACGCACCGCUCACUAAACUGCCGAUCAAAUGUUUCCUAGAUUUCAAAGCAGGAGGCUCCCUGUGCCACAUCCUUGCAGCUGCCUACAAAUUCAAGAGUGACCAGGGAUGGCGGCGCUACGACUUCCAGAACCCAUCACGCAUGGACCGCAACGUGGAAAUGUUCAUGACCAUCGAAAAGUCCUUGGUGCAGAAUAAUUGCCUGUCUCGACCAAACAUUUUUCUGUGCCCCGAAAUCGAACCCAAACUGCUAGGGAAAUUAAAGGACAUCAUCAAGAGACACCAGGGAACAGUCACGGAGGAUAGGAACAGCGCGUCCCAUGUUGUGUUUCCAGUCCCGGGGAACCUGGAAGAAGAGGAAUGGGUACGGCCAGUCAUGAAGAGGGAUAAGCAGGUUCUUCUGCACUGGGGCUAUUACCCUGACAGUUACGACACGUGGAUCCCAGCCAGCGAAAUUGAAGCGUCCGUGGAAGAUGCUCCGACUCCCGAGAAGCCUAGGAAGGUUCAUGCGAAGUGGAUCCUGGACACAGACACCUUCAACGAAUGGAUGAACGAGGAAGACUAUGAAGUAAAUGACGACAAAAACCCGGUCUCCCGCCGAAAGAAGAUUUCAGCCAAGACAUUGACAGACGAGGUGAACAGCCCAGAUUCAGAUCGACGGGACAAGAAGGGGGGGAACUAUAAGAAGAGGAAGCGCUCCCCCUCUCCUUCACCAACCCCAGAAGCUAAGAAGAAAAAUGCCAAGAAAGGUCCCUCCACACCUUACACCAAGUCCAAGCGUGGCCACAGAGAAGAGGAGCAGGAGGACCUAACAAAGGACAUGGAUGAGCCCUCCCCGGUCCCCAACGUGGAAGAGGUGACAUUGCCCAAGACAGUCAACACUAAGAAGGACUCGGAGUCAGCCCCCGUCAAAGGAGGCACCAUGACUGACUUGGAUGAACAGGAGGAUGAAAGCAUGGAGACCACGGGCAAGGAUGAGGAUGAAAACAGCACGGGGAACAAGGGGGAGCAGACCAAGAACCCAGACCUGCAUGAGGACAAUGUGACUGAGCAGACCCACCACAUCAUCAUCCCCAGCUAUGCAGCCUGGUUUGAUUAUAACAGUGUCCACGCCAUUGAGCGGCGGGCUCUCCCCGAGUUCUUCAACGGCAAGAACAAGUCCAAGACCCCAGAAAUCUACCUGGCCUAUCGAAACUUCAUGAUUGACACUUACCGGCUGAACCCCCAAGAGUAUCUCACCUCUACUGCCUGCCGCAGGAACCUGGCAGGGGAUGUCUGUGCCAUCAUGAGAGUUCAUGCCUUCCUAGAGCAGUGGGGUCUUAUAAACUACCAGGUGGAUGCUGAGAGUCGUCCAACCCCAAUGGGACCCCCGCCCACCUCGCACUUCCACGUCUUAGCGGACACGCCCUCGGGGCUGGUGCCUCUGCAGCCCAAGACCCCACAGGGCCGCCAGGUGGACGCUGACACCAAGGCUGGGCGCAAGGGCAAAGAGCUGGACGACCUGGUGCCAGAGACCGCUAAGGGCAAGCCAGAGCUGCAGACCUCUGCUUCCCAGCAAAUGCUCAACUUCCCUGACAAAGGCAAAGAGAAACCAACAGACAUGCAGAACUUCGGGCUACGCACAGACAUGUACACAAAGAAGAACGUUCCUUGCAAGAGCAAAGCUGCAGCCAGCGCCACGCGAGAGUGGACGGAGCAGGAGACUCUGCUGCUGCUGGAGGCUCUGGAAAUGUACAAAGACGACUGGAACAAAGUGUCUGAGCAUGUGGGCAGCCGCACGCAGGACGAGUGCAUCUUGCAUUUUCUUCGUCUUCCCAUUGAAGACCCGUACCUGGAGGACUCGGAGGCCUCUCUGGGCCCCCUGGCCUACCAGCCCAUCCCUUUCAGCCAGUCAGGCAACCCCGUCAUGAGCACUGUCGCCUUCCUGGCCUCCGUCGUCGACCCUCGAGUCGCCUCUGCGGCUGCAAAGUCGGCUCUAGAGGAGUUCUCUAAAAUGAAGGAAGAGGUACCCACGGCCUUGGUGGAGGCCCAUGUUCGGAAAGUGGAGGAAGCAGCCAAAGUGACAGGCAAGGCGGACCCAGCCUUCGGUCUGGAAAGCAGUGGUAUUGCCGGAACCACCUCUGAUGAGCCUGAGCGGAUUGAGGAGAGCGGGACUGACGAGGCGCGGGCGGAGGGCCAGGCCGCUGAGGAGAAGAAGGAGCCCAAGGAACCCCGAGAAGGAGUUGGGGCUGUGGAGGAAGAAGCAAAAGAGAAGACUAGCGAGGUUCCCAAGAAGGACGAAGAGAAAGGGAAAGAAGGCGACAGCGAGAAGGAGUCAGAGAAGAGUGAGGGGGACCCCACAGUUGAUCCUGAGAAGGACAAGGAGCCAAAGGAGGGGCAGGAGGAAGUGCUGAAGGAAGUGGUGGAGUCGGAGGGGGAAAGGAAGACCAAGGUGGAGAGGGACAUCGGUGAGGGCAAUCUCUCCACCGCUGCUGCCGCCGCGCUGGCCGCCGCCGCUGUGAAGGCCAAGCACCUGGCUGCUGUUGAGGAAAGGAAAAUCAAAUCUCUGGUGGCCCUGCUCGUGGAGACCCAGAUGAAAAAGUUGGAGAUCAAGCUCCGGCACUUUGAGGAGCUGGAGACGAUCAUGGACCGGGAGCGGGAAGCCCUGGAGUAUCAGAGGCAGCAGCUCCUGGCCGACAGGCAAGCCUUCCACAUGGAGCAGCUGAAGUAUGCGGAGAUGAGGGCUCGGCAGCAGCACUUCCAGCAGAUGCACCAGCAGCAGCAGCAGCCGCCACCGGCCCUGCCCCCGGGCUCCCAGCCCAUCCCACCUACAGGCGCCGCUGGGCCACCCACAGUCCAUGGCUUGGCCAUGGCUCCGGCCUCUGUGGCCCCUGCUCCUGCUAGCAGCGGGGUCCCUCCUGGAAGCUUGGGCCCCUCGGAACAGAUUGGGCAGACAGGGCCAACUGCAGGGCCACAGCAGCAGCAACCAGGCGGAGCCCCCCAACCUGGGGCAGUCCCACCAGGGGUACCACCCCCUGGACCCCAUGGCCCCUCACCGUUCCCCAACCAACAAACUCCUCCCUCAAUGAUGCCAGGGGCAGUGCCAGGCGGCGGGCACCCAGGCGUGGCGGGUAAUGCUCCUUUGGGUUUGCCUUUUGGCAUGCCGCCUCCUCCUCCUCCUGCUCCAUCCAUCAUCCCAUUUGGUAGCCUAGCCGACUCCAUCAGUAUUAACCUUCCCCCUCCUCCUAACCUGCAUGGGCAUCACCACCAUCUCCCGUUCGCCCCGGGCACUCUCCCCCCACCUAACCUGCCUGUGUCCAUGGCGAACCCUCUACAUCCUAACCUGCCGGCGACCACCACCAUGCCAUCUUCCUUGCCUCUCGGGCCGGGGCUCGGAUCCGCCGCAGCCCAGAGCCCUGCCAUUGUGGCAGCUGUUCAGGGCAACCUCCUGCCCAGUGCCAGCCCACUGCCAGACGCAGGCACCCCCCUGCCUCCAGACCCCACAGCCCCGAGCCCAGGCACGGUCACCCCUGUGCCGCCUUCACAGUGA